GGUGGUGAUAUUGGUGUGCUAUGUGACACGGUUGUGGAAGAUGUCCAGAAGCUUACAGGGUAUGAUAGAGUGAUGGUGUAUAAGUUCCAUGAUGAUGAACAUGGUGAAGUAGUGUCAGAACUCAGAAGGUCCGACUUAGAGCCAUAUCUUGGUCUGCAUUAUCCUGCCAUAGACAUCCCUCAAGCUGCUCGUUUUCUGUUCAAGCAGAAUCGAGUGAGGAUGAUUUGCAAUUGCCGCGCAAAGCCUGUGCAGGUCAUUCAAAGCGAGGAGCUCAAGCAGCCUCUGUGUCUGGUGAAUUCAACUCUUCGAGCACCACAUAAUUGUCAUUUGCAGUACAUGUCAAAUAUGGGCUCCAUAGCCUCAUUAGCCAUGGCAGUAGUCAUUAACAGUGAUAACUCGCCAACAAGGUUAUGGGGCUUGGUCGUGUGCCAUCAUACUUCUCCACGAUAUGUCCCUUUCCCACUUCGUUAUGCUUGCGAGUUUCUCAUGCAGGCAUUUGGGCUGCAGCUCCACAUGGAGCUUCAAUUGGCAGUACAAUUAACAGAGAAAAAGGUUCUCAAGACACAAACUUUACUCUGUGACAUGCUCCUCCGAGGCUCCCCACAUGCAUUGCUGACUAAAUCUCCAAGUAUAAAGGAUCUCGUGAAGUGUGAUGGUGCCGCAUUGCUCUAUAACGGGGCAUGUUGUUUAGUAGGUGUAACUCCAACCGAAGCACAAGUCAAAGAUAUUGCAGAGUGGAUACACAAGAACUAUGAGGAUUCCACGGGGCUGAGCACGGAUAGUUUGGCUGAUGCUGGGUACCCUGAAGCUGCUUUAUUAGGCGAUGCAGUGUGUGGCAUGGCAGCUGCAAAAAUCAGUUCAAAGGAUUUUUUAUUCUGGUUCAGGUCCCAUGCUGCAAAGGAAGUCCAAUGGGGAGGAGCCAAACAUCACCCAGAUGAUAAGGAUGAUGGAGGAAGAAUGCACCCAAGAUCAUCAUUUAAAGCGUUUCUUGAGGUUGUAAAGAGUAAAAGUAUGUCUUGGGAAGUUCAAGAAAUCAAUGCCAUUCACUCAUUGCAGAUUAUUAUGAGGGAAUCUUUUUUGAGUACUAGGGACAGUGAUUCAAAGGCAGAACGUUCUGUCCAGCACCAUGAUACUGAGAUUUCUGAACUCAGUUCAGUAGCUUGCGAAAUGGUUAGGUUGAUCGAAACAGCAACUGUUCCAAUUUUUGGGGUUGAUUCAACUGGUGUGAUCAAUGGAUGGAAUGAUAAAAUUUCUGAACUUUUGGGAUUACAACCUAGUGAAGCUUUGGGGAAACUUCUGGUUAAUGAAAUUGUUCACGAAGAUUCCCGUGGAACUGUUCAAGAUUUACUUUCCCAUGCUCUGGAAGGUAAGGAAGACAAAAAUGUGGAGAUAAAAUUGAGAAGUUUCAGAACUGACAAAGAAAACACUACUGUGUAUAUUGUGGUUAAUGCUUGCACAAGUAGGGAUUACACAAACAAAAUUGUUGGGGUUUGCUUUGUUGGGCAAGAUGUUACAUCCGAGAAAUCCAUGCUGGAUAAAUUUCUUCGUCUGCGGGGAGACUAUGAGACUAUUAUUCAAAGUCUGAAUCCAUUGAUUCCACCAAUAUUUGUUUCAGACAAGGAUGGCUACUGCUGUGAAUGGACUGCAGCCAUGGAAAAACUUACUGGUUUGAGGAGAGAAGAAGUUGUAGGAAAAAUGUUAGCUGGGGAGAUCUUUGGGAAUUUCUGCAGGUUGAAAGGUUUAGAUACCCUCACUAGGUUUAUGAUCCUAUUAUAUAAAGGUAUUGGUGGUGAAGAAACCGAGAAGUGUCCAUUAGGGUUUUUCAAUAAGAAUGGUAAGUUUUCAGAGGUGCUUGUAACCUCAAACAAGAGAACUGAUGCAGAAGGAAAUAUCAUUGGUUGUAUCUGCUUCCUGCAAAUUGCUGGGCCCAACUUGGAACAGGACUCUAAAGGAAUUUGGGCGAGGGACAAGGAAGGCGUUUUGCAGCUCAAGGAGUUGACCUACAUAAAGCAGGAGAUGAAGAAUCCUUUAAAUGGCCUUAGAUUUACUCAUGAACUCCUUGUAAAAUCUGGGGUUACUGAAAACCAGAAACUCUUCCUUGAAACUAGUGAUGCAUGCGAGAGACAAAUCAUGACAAUCAUAGAGGAUAUGGAUUUCAGAAGUUUGGAAGGAGGCCAUGUAGAGAUAAGCAGAGAAGAAUUUCUCCUCGGGAGUGUUUUGGAUGCGAUUAUCUGUCAAAUAAUGAUGGUUGUCCGAGAGAAGAACAUACAACUUUUUCAUGAAAUUCCACAAGAAAUCAAAAUGUUAUCUCUUUGUGGCGAUCAAAUUAAGCUUCAGCUGGUUUUGUCAGAUUUCUUACUUAACAUAGUACGCCACACGCCUGUUCCGGACGGUUGGGUUGAAAUCCACAUUUCGUCUGGCUUGAAGCUUAUCCAAGAUGGAAAUGAACAUAUUCACUUGCAGAUCAGAAUGUCACAUCCAGGUCAAGGUCUGCCUCCUGAUUUAAUCCAAGAUAUGGUUGGAGGAGGACAGCAGUGGACCUCGCAGGAAGGCCUUGCGUUAAACCUGUCACGUAGACUUCUCAAUAAAUUGAACGGUAGCGUUCUGUAUGUUAGAGAGCAAACUAAAUGCUACUUCCUCAUUGAUAUCGAACUCAAGUUAAGGCGCCCGAGGGGGUCGAUGGAAGCUACUACAAGCCAAAGGACUUGAAUUUAUCCGCUUGAGCUAAUCCAUACUUGUACAAAUCAUCUCGAGAACAGCACCAAGACCGAUCAUUCGUGUGACCUGAUGCUUGAAAUCAUACAACGAGGCCAUUGUUCUUUGGUUGCUCGCUCGUUGCCAUGCUAAAGGUCUUUUUGACGAUGUUCGGUAGCUGGGUUUGAUGUGAAAAUUGUAUGCUAUGUUUAUAAAUAACGUUUAUCUUAAACUUAGCCAAAGAGAUGGGUCGGAUUUACAGCUUUGUCUUUGUGGUUUGCCGCUGCUGGUGCAUGUUUCAGCAGUGUGGCAAUGUAAGAUGAAACAUGCGGUUUUGUUUUGUUUUUUGUUUGGUUCUGGACAUUGUAAAAAGUUUUAGGUUUAAAUGUGUUUUUGUUUUUCCUGUAA